AUGCCAGAAUCUGAAUCCGACAACAACUCCGGCUUUGACAUGACAGUAAAUUUUGCCUCCGCCAGUCAACCCUGCUCCGACGCCGCCGCCAUAGCCACUGCAGAUUCCUCGUCCUUCGCCAUUAAGGUCUACAUGUACGACCUUCCCACUUGGUUCACCUACGGUGUCAUCGCCGCCCGGUCCGCCUCCCGAGGCGGCGGCACGCCUGAGAAUCUAACCUCGCUGAGCUACCCAGGACACCAACACAUGGGAGAGUGGUUUCUAUUCCUAGACAUGAACCAUCCAGAGUCAGAUCGGAUAGGGUCACCGGUGACCCGGGUGAUGGACCCGGAAGAAGCGGAGCUGUUCUACGUGCCGUUCUUCUCGUUGCUGAGCCAGCUGGUGUCGACGAGCCAACAAGGCAAUGGCUCGGAGGCGGCAUACAGUGACGAGGAGACGCAGGAAGCGCUGGUGGAGUGGCUGGAGGGGCAGAAGUACUGGCAGAGGAAUGGAGGGAGGGACCACGUGUUCACGGUGGCGGACCCGAAGUUGCUGUUGCAUGUGAUGGAUAAGGUGAAGAAUAGUGUGCUUCUUGUGGUUGGGUUUGGGAGGUUGAGAGGGGAUCAGGGUUCUCUGGUGAAGGAUGUGGUGAGAGAGGAUAGGAAGAGGAGAGAAGAAGAUGAAGAAGACACAGGGUUUAUCAACCGAGAUGAAGAAAAUUUUUGUUUUUUGUUUUUUUAA